GAGGGUGGUGUAGAGAUAGAGAGGGGACCCGCGCCCUCACAUCCUACUUUGAAAAGUACUGUAGAUAACGUGGUAGAGAACGUGCUGUUUAUUGUCAGUAUCCUUGAUAAAGUGACUCGGGUAAGUCAUACUCCUGCUGCUGCUGCUGCUAUAGUGACUUGUGCCUUUACAAUGGGACCAAGAGGUGGGCGACCUGUACGUGGUAAUGGACGACCUGUAGGUUGUGAUGGACGACCUGUAGGUUGUGAUGGGCUUCGGUGGACUCUACAGACGAUGCUUUUGUUGUUGGUGAUCAUGGCAUCAAUCACCCCAGGUCAAGGGGCCGGUGCCAUCACCCAAGACAAUGACUGUAGUGUGCACCACGUAGAGAAGAACAAGACCCUCACGGCCUACUUCACAGGAGGGAAGGUUGUCCUUGGUCUGCUCCCUAUGGAUAAUAUUGACCAAGUUCUCUCUGGGAUGAACUUCAGUGUAUACAAACACGACAACACCUCUAUACUAAAGUUCUGGGUUCCACUUUUGAAUGGAGGAGAAUUGAAGUGUUCACCAAGCAACAGUGACUCAGAUUCAAUCUCUGCGGAUAUACACAAAUUAGAAAAAAAAUCAUUUUUUGAGUGGAAUAACAUCAGUUUAUCCAUUAAGAACGAGAGUCUGAGCUUGAGCUUCAGCGAUCGUGUCGUUUGUCCAAGUGUCAAAUUUCAGGACAAUACCGCCUACUACCUCACCGUGACGCCCACCAGAAACAACAUUUACGUGGUGCUGAACUGCGACGAAGGCUGUCCCAUCUUCGACGACUCUCUGGCCCGCUACAGUAUUAAUGAUCACCGACUGGAGACCAAAAAGGUGUUCGUUCGGAAUACCUCGACUCUGGCCUGGGCAAUAUUAUCUCAGCUCUCUGGUACGGAAUCCGAUGUGGAAAUUACCGCCUCCCAGAUCAACAGUGGUACUUGGGAGGAACUGAACAUGGAGGAAACCGAAAAAAACUCAGCAGAGCUGAGCGUCGGAAGUUUUAGUAAGACAUUUAAUUUUAAUACACCGACGGAUAAUUUCGAUUUGGAAUUGAUAAACUCAAGUCAUAUGGAAUGGGCGGUGGGAUGCAAACCAACGGAGAGAACCUCAAGACGUGUUGAUGAGGAAGACUUCAACGUCUUGGUCGCGAUUAUUGUGUCGGUGCUGCUGAUGAGUCUCCUCGCUGUAUGUCUCGGCUUCUGCCUGAAGAAGCGACGACGGUCUGGUGCAAAGAAUCGCUCCUCUCUCCAGCAGAACACCAACGACACGUCCGUCGCAUACCACUUAUCAGCAGGUUCUUCCUCAUGCUCCAUCCAUACGGGUAACACGAGUGGAGGACUUCCAAGGUCAUGCAAUCCGCCUUCACUUCCUUCUUCGCCUCCUCCCUGUGUGCCACCGCCUCUUUCCACAUCCCAAGGGAGGCCCCAACUCCAGCUGCCACCAGGGGUUACUCAAGGAGGUGUGCAGCAUAAUGACAACGUUAAACGGGGCGUGACAGAUGAAGAUGAUUAUUGCUACGCUUUCUUUGAUCUAGAUGCGGGGGAUCAACUUCAGAAAGAAAAGGAGGAAGAGGGUGAGGGAAACUGGUUCAAUUCUGGGUCUGACAAUUCCUUAUAUGAAGGAUUCAGUGAAAAUGAGGAAAUAUUAUCAGAGAAAAACUGAGAAGAUAAAAAAGAAAACUAGAAAGGUUUGAGGAUGUGAAAGGUCUAGGCCCAGGGCAAGAACUCGCGACCUUUCAUUUUUUUUGCUUUUAUCCUCUUUACCACUGAUCAGCUCGUUAGCCGCUUGGGCGGUCGAUCACGUCUCUGUCACGCUCUGUUGACAAGUACUAGU